CCAUCGUCGCGGCGGCUCGCGUGCGGACAUGGCGGCGGCGCGGGGGGCGCUGCGCUGGGUCCUGGCGGCGGCGGCGGCGCUGGCGGCGGCGCUGGCGCUGGACAACGGGCUGGCGCGGACGCCGCCGAUGGGCUGGCUGCACUGGGAGCGCUUCCUCUGCGGCACCGACUGCGCCGCCGACCCGCGCCGCUGCGUCAGCGAGCGGCUUUUCGUGGAGAUGGCCGACGUGAUGGUUGCCGAGGGCUGGAGGGACGCAGGCUAUGAGUUCGUCUGCAUUGACGACUGCUGGAUGGCCCCGACGCGGGAUGAACGCGGCAGGCUCCAGGCUGACCCAAAACGGUUCCCCAGCGGAAUCCGCAGGCUGGCCGACUAUGUCCACUCCAAGGGGCUGAAGCUGGGAAUCUACAGCGAUGUUGGGAACAAGACGUGUGCUGGCUUCCCUGGCAGUUACAACCACUACGACCUGGACGCCCAAACAUUUGCCUCCUGGGGCGUGGACCUGCUGAAGUUCGACGGCUGCAACUCUGGCACACUGGAGCUGCUGGCAGAAGGUUACAGGCGCAUGUCUCUGGCCCUGAACAAGACUGGAAGGAGCAUCGUGUACUCUUGUGAGUGGCCUUUCUACUUGAGGCCCCUGCAGCAGCCCAAUUACACGGAGAUCAAACAGUACUGCAAUCACUGGAGGAACUUUUUUGAUGUCUAUGAUUCCUGGAGCAGCAUCAAGAGUAUCUUGGACUGGACAGCACUUCACCAGGACAGCAUUGUGAAGAUAGCUGGGCCAGGGGGCUGGAAUGAUCCUGACAUGCUGGUGAUUGGAAACUUUGGGCUGAGCUGGGACCAGGCGGUGACUCAGAUGGCAAUGUGGGCUAUUAUGGCAGCUCCCCUCUUCAUGUCCAACGAUCUGCGGCGCAUUAGUCCUGAGGCUAAGUGGCUGCUCCAGAACAAAGAGACAAUCGCCAUCAACCAGGAUCCGCUGGGCAAGCAGGGAUACCAAAUCACCAAGGACAAGAACUUUGAGCUGUGGGAGCGGCCCCUGGCUGGCCAAGCCUAUGCCGUGGCAGUGCUGAACCAGCAGGAGAUCGGGGGACCCCAGAACUUCACCUUCUCCCUCACCUUCCUUGGCAAUGGGCUAGCCUGCAACCCAGCAUGCUCCGUCCGGCAGAUCCUGCCAGCCAGCAGGGACUGGGGGGUUUACAGCUGGGUCUCCUCCCUGAGUGUGGAGGUGAACCCAACAGGCACUGUGCUGCUGAAAGUAGUGGCACUAUAGGAGGCACAAUGACAGUCUUUUUGUAAGCCUCAGACUCUGUCUAAACAUCUUGUCCCGAGAAGCCUGUCUCCUUCCUCCAAACGGGGUGCCUUUGUUCUCUCCUCAGGCAUUUACUACUCGAAGUGCUUCUACGGGGACUUUGAACCUUCAGCCUAAUGUGACAAAUAACCAUCACUCCAUCACCAAGAGAUAACAGAGAAAGGGGUGCUGCUUCUCUUCCAUUUACCCUUUCUCUGGCAUCUCAGUGAACUCCUCCAAGGAGCUAGAAGGGCCCCAGCAGGGCAGCAACUCCUGUUAACGCCCACUACCAACCAAAGAAAUGCAAAGGCUACAUGCAGCAUCUGACAGCUCUCCUUGAGCAUUUCAGGGACAACAGGGAAACAUGCCUUGGCUGGCUGCCUUGCUCUUGCUUUGCCAGGCUGGGGCAUACAGUCCAAGACCAAGAAAAGCUGCUCCUACCCCUGCUGAAGAAACCCAACAAAUGUCCUCAUAGCAUGGAUGUCUGCUUCCACCUUCUGAACAACUCAGGGACUGGCCUAAAUCACUGCACUUCUUAGCAACUGUUUUCUUGACAGCUGCCUGCUUAGUACAAAUGUGAUUAAGUAUCAUGGCUUAGGAUUCAGCUUUUGAGGGUUUCUCCUUAACCCAAGAGUCUUCCUCCCACCAGUGGCUAUCACUUCCCUUUAGAUGACAAUUCCCUCUCCACCCUUCAUGGGGCCACUGGAGUCCGCUUCCUCAGCGAGCUGCCUUCCAGAAAUACCUGUGUGCUUUCCACUGCUGGCAGUAGCCUGUAGGUUGAAUAACACCGGUCCCUCCAAUACAGGGGAUGGAUACUUGUACAUGAUGGUUGCGUGAUUAUUGCAUAAGUGAUGAAGUAUGUUCUCUUCUGACUACUACACAAUCAGGAUAUCCUGAUUUGUUCUUAUUUCCAUGAUUGAGCACUGAUUAAAACGUCCCUUAAAAAGGCUAA